UGAGAAAUGGGUGACUGGAGUUUCCUGGGGAACAUCUUGGAGGAGGUGAAUGAGCACUCCACAGUCAUCGGCAGGGUCUGGCUCACCGUGCUUUUCAUCUUCCGCAUCCUGAUUCUCGGCACAGCCGCAGAGUUCGUGUGGGGGGAUGAGCAGUCCGACUUCGUGUGCAAUACCCAGCAGCCCGGUUGCGAGAAUGUCUGCUACGAUGAGGCUUUCCCCAUCUCCCACAUCCGCCUGUGGGUCCUGCAGAUCAUCUUCGUCUCCACACCGUCCCUCAUGUACGUGGGCCAUGCCGUGCACCACGUGCGCAUGGAGGAGAAGCGCAAGGACCGCGAGGCGGAGGAGCUGUGCCAGCAGUCCCGGGGCGACGGGAGCGAGAGGGUGCCCAUCAGCCCCGACCAGGGCAGCAUCAGGAAGAGCAGCAGCAGCAGCAAAGGCACCAAGAAGUUCCGGCUGGAGGGGACUCUGCUGAGGACCUACAUCUGCCACAUCAUCUUCAAGACCCUCUUUGAGGUGGGCUUCAUUGUGGGCCACUACUUCCUGUAUGGUUUCCGGAUCCUGCCCCUCUACCGCUGCAGCCGCUGGCCCUGCCCCAAUGUGGUGGACUGCUUCGUGUCCCGACCCACUGAGAAAACCAUCUUCAUCUUGUUCAUGUUGUCUGUGGCCUUUGUGUCGCUCUUCCUCAACAUUAUGGAGCUGAGCCACCUGGGCCUGAAGGGGAUCCGGUCUGCCUUCAAGAGGCCUGUCGAGCAGCCCCUCGGGGAGAUCCCUGAGAAAUCCCUCCACUCCAUUGCCGUCUCUUCCAUCCAGAAAGCGAAGGGCUACCAGCUCCUUGAAGAAGAGAAGAUCGUGUCCCACUACUUCCCAUUGACUGAGGUUGGGAUGGUGGAGACCAGCCCCCUGUCUGCCAAGCCUUUCAGUCAGUUCGAGGAAAAGAUCAGCACUGGACCCCUAGCGGACAUGCCCCGGAGUUACCAAGAGACACUGCCUUCCUAUGCCCAGGUGGGCGCACCGGAAGUGGAAGGGGAGGAGCCGCCAGUAGAGGAGGCCGCAGAACCGGAAGUGGGAGAGAAGAGGCCGGAAGCUGAGAAGGUGACCGCAGAAGGGCCAGAGAUGGUGGCUGUGCUGGAGGCGGAGAAAAUAGAGCCCCCUGCUGUGGGGAAGGAAGGAGAAAAGGAGGAGCUGCAGGCUGAGGUUGCCAAGCAAGGGCUGGCGGCUGAGAAGACGCCUCCGCUGUGUCCGGAGCUGACCUCCGAAGAUACCAGACCUCUGAGCAGGCUGAGCAAAGCCAGCAGCAGAGCCAGGUCAGAUGAUCUAACCAUAUGAAAUGGUGCCAAAGGAAGAAAACCUCCAGCUAAUAUAGGGCAAAGCGAAAAGAAAAGGUACCAACAUGGCUUGAGGCUUCCGCUUCCUCCCCUGACUCUCAUCCCUAAUUGGACAAAUGCUGCAGUGGCACAGUGCAUACUGGACAACUAGGAAACUGCCCAUCCCCAAAGUCAGGGCCAUCCAGCUAAACCUGUUGGCCCCUCGAGCUCCCAGUCUCAUAUCACUGCCCUGUGCCUCUAUCCCCAUGGCUGGGGGGAACACUUUUUAUCCCCAUUGCUCUAUAGAUACCCUUCAGUCAGAACUGUGGUUGCCUCACAGCCCUCUACCAGACUUAAUCUCACUAACGCAGCCAGAUUCUACCACCCUACCACUUCCUUAACUGAUGCUAUGUGACCAUACUGUAAGGAUUCCAUACUGCAAAGCCCACAGGAUCCAGACAAGUGAUUGAAAUUGGGGAAAUAGGCUGCAAUGGAGAGAGGGAGGGCUGUGCCAGUUGAAGAGCCGGGCUGGCUGCUGCUCGGUUCCAGGCAGUGACGACCACACAGUGUUACCUGGCUUCUGAUUUUUCAAGAGAAGCCAGGAGUCCGAACUUUGAAUUGAAAUUUUCAGAAGUUUUAAUGUUUGCAAUCCAAGUUUAAAUAUGACACGUGGGCCAAAUGAAACGCGUGCAAACCAAAUUUAACCUGUUUGGCUCCAAUGUGUGAUGUCAGUUUGCUCUGAUGAGCUGACUCGGCUUUCCUGCGGAAUUGUCAUUAUUAUUUACAAUCUGUUUUUUGUGGCUUCUGAACUCCAUUUGGCCACCUUGAGGCAUUUAAAUAAUAAGUUCAGAAGAUA